CCAGUAUCCCUCACCCUAGAGCUUUCUGUUCAUCCUUCUUUCAUAGAAUCAUAGAAUGGUUAGUGUUGGAAAGGACUUCAAGGUCAUUUCAUUCCAACCCCCUCAUCUGGUUCCAAUUCCCAUCUUUAUCUUGCUGCAACGUCUUUCCCUUCUUCAAAAGCCAAACCUGGGGUGUUGCACACUGCAGUGGUGAAGAUGCCUUGGCUCAGCCCCUGUCUGUGUGGGUUUGGCCAAGCAUGGCAGAGAAAGAAACUAAUACAAAGGCAAGGGUUUGUUAACGGGUAUCCUCAAACCCUUCUUUUACCAAAAUACGUGCUGCUUAUGCCUUGUGCCAGCACCUGUGAACUGCAAUACCUGCCUGGAGUCCAGAGGAUUUCCCCUCCUCUGUUUGCAGGGGUGCUCUUUAAAAUCUGAAAGAUGAUAGUUAGCACUACUAUAAACUUCUUCAAAUGCCUGGUGCCUUCUGCAUUUACAUCAGUUUAGUAUCUGAGCACGUAUACCUCUUAAAUAUUUUAAGUAUCAUGGGAGCCCAGAGGGUAGGUUGAUGCUCCCGUCUGCCUUGCAAGAUGUAAGGUGACUUUCCCAAGGUGAUGCAAGUACCUCAGCAGUCAUACAGCCAGAAAUGGAGCUCAUUGCCGUGGAUUUCAGUCCAUUUUUCUUAAAAACAAAAGUCUCUCAGCAAGUAAUUUGCCUGACACAAUCCAGUUUGGGGUGUUAAGGUUGUGAUUAAUCAGAGCCAGACCUUGUGUGGUCUGUAUAUACAGCAUAAACAGAGCUGUUCUCUUAAACAAAAUGAUUCAUUUUCACAGAAUUUGUAAAUGAAAGAAACUGUUAUGAACUAUGGGCUUCCUACCCACUGCAAGGUACUGCAUGUCAGGAAGUGGCUCUGCAUGGGGCAUAAUGACUUGUGCUUCACAAAACCCACUUCUGCAAGAGAGGAUCCAGCCCUGAUCUGAAGCCCAAGGAACUGAUAGUCUGCUGCCACCCGCAGCCCUUUGCUGCAGGGAACUGUCAGUCUCACUGCUCCCAUACUUGCUGCUUUCUCAUCAGAGCUUCCCUGGCUGUGUCUUCCAUUAAUUCACCAAAUCCCUGUCUCUGCUGAGUCCUCACCAGCAUUUCCCUGUGAAGGUCAGUGUGUUGUGCAGGCAGACCACCCUCAGGUAGAGUUUGGGGCUGGUGGACCACACUGAGCUGCUAAAACCUGAACUGUUUCCUCUAUCCUAUUUGAGUAUCACUUUGGCUGUUUCCUGUGCAGCUCCAGUUUUCCAACGUUAUUUUAAAGAUCUGCAGACCAGAACUGAACCUGUCAUUUCAUUUUUGCUCACAUGUUCUUUUCUGAAAGGGUGAAACAUCUCAGAGCGGUGUGCUAUUCCUCCUUGCCACAGUACUGUGCUAGGAGGUCUGGCACGCUGCUGGAGCCCAUUGCCAGGUUCAGGCUUGUGGCUCUCUGGAUGCAGGCUUUCCUUUCAGAUGUAUGGCCAGAACUUUUCAUCCAGCCAUUUUCAGAUUUAAAUUUAUGUAUUAUGCAUCUUCUGGGGUUUUGUUAUCAUUUUCCCCUCAUUAUUUUCUUCCUCAGUGGUGGGGGAACAUGUUUUGAUUUGUCCUUUUUCUCAGCUCCCCGAGCUGCAGUGGUUUGGAUCUCUGUAUAAUCAUGCUGUCCUCAUCCCUUUCUCUGCCAAUCUCAGUUAUCAGCUGCAAAUUUUGAAAUGCUUAUUUCCAUCACUGGUGAUUUACACUCUGGAAUGUCACUCUAGAUAUUGUGAUUUGAUGGUAUUUUCCUGUUUACAGGUACAAUGCUCAAGCAUUGACCUUAUACCUUACUCAAGGGCAAAGCUGAGUAUGUAAUUUAGGACACUGAAGACAGAACUAAUGGAGUCUUGUGAGGUGAAAAGGGAGGAGUUCACUUACAUCCAGGCUAUUUACAUGUGUGGUUUGAUCUGUUCUAUUUCCAAGCAUGUAUUGAAUGUGCCAUUCUUUGUGCCUGAAAUAGUAGCGGAAUAACCUAGUGGUUACUAAGGUAAUGAGAACCCGUUGUUCUCUAACCAAUUCAUGUAAAUAAAGUAUGGAAUUUAAUUUCACCCUGUGUUACCUGAGGCAGCCCUGGCAUCUGAUAAAACAACUGAUCUUCACAUUCUCCUCCUCUUCCCUCCUGAUUUUCACUGAAAGAUUGAGAUGUUUCUCUUUGUGUAGAUAAAUGUGGCUGCCCUGCAGAUGGCAGGGUAGAAAGCAGCCUCAGGAUUACAUCUUUUGUCUUGCAGCUGGAUUUCCUCAGUGACUCAAAAUGUACUUGUGUUCAUGCUAAAACGCUUCUAGUGCAUGUGAUUAGGACUGAGGAUUUGGCACCCAUAGAGUUCCUCUUUUUUUCUCUUGAUACACAACUUACACGUUUGGUAUCCGUUCUUGUGCUAUGGAUUGCAGGCAUAGCAUGAGUGCCAUCCCAGAUUAAUUUCUUAAUCAACAGGAGGAAGGUUCCUUUCUGAUUGUGUAUCACAAAGCAAUAUGGUGAAAACAUGGGUUUGCAAACACUGGACACUGGUAGGUGAAUGGGUAAGAGACUUACCUGGAAAAAUGGUUAUUGACAGGGACUGUCACUGGCCUUGGGAGUGCAGGCAGCAAGCAACAAAUCCGAAGGAACUCUGAUCGCUGUGCAACCAGGCAACACUACACCUAGAGCAUCUUGUCUUUGUAAUGGAAAAAGAGAAUCCAUAUCAAGCUACUCAGCAGCUAAUCAAUCACCCGAGUCCACCAGGCUGGGCACGGAAGAUUGUAUCUCUCACGUACACAAGGGGGAAGAAGAAGCAGCUGGGGCACGGGGUGGAGUUGUGCUUGAAGUAAGCGGAUCUAUUGAAAGAGAAAGGCAUCUUGUUUGCUCCAUUAUGGGCUUGCAGAAUAGCGCUGCUGUUUUCAUAUGCUACAGAUUGUGAACAAAUUAAUCUCUUAACCAUGUUACAGUGAUGUCAAGUCAUGGGUCAGUCAUGAAUACAACCUGUCACAUGUUGGGUAUUUUAGCCUAAUAGCUAUUGGCAUAUGAAGACUUCAUGUUCCAGUAGCCUAUCUGCUCAGAGAAGAGGAUCAGGGAAAUGAAGUGGACAGCUGGCAUAAUAUACGGACACUUGAACCCGGAAACAAAAAGACAGCUGCUGGAUCUAAUUUUAAACAAGUCUUGAUCAGAUCCAUCUGGAUCUCGGUUGUCCUGAUACAGCAAAGUCACUAGUGAGAGCAGAGAGGUGUGAAGUUGAAGACACAGGUAGAAAGGAUUUGUGAGAAGGGGAAUCGUCCUCUUGCAGUUAUGGUAUUUCCAUUUCUCACAGCAAGUUCAGAGGUACCAAAGCUGCGAAAGGAAGACCAAAAGGCACGGAAUGCACUCUUAGCUGAUAUCCAGCAGGGAACUCGCUUAAGAAAAGUGACUCAAAUCAAUGACCGCAGCGCACCACAGAUUGAGAAACCCAAAGGAACUAACAGAGAUGGAGUUAACCCAGCUGUUAACAAAAGUGGCCCUCAGCAGCCCCUGGGAGGCUUAUUUGCAGGUGGCUUUCCUGUCCUCAGACCAGCAGGCCAGAGGGACAUGUCAGCCGGGAAGCCCGGGCAGCUCCCUGGGCUCCGUCCCGCCGUUCCCAAGCCCGCUGCCCCACCGAACAGCAGCGCUGCCAAGGCGAGCAGCGCCCCCCCGCAUCCCACCGAAGGCCCCAGGGCAGCUGCCCCACCAGAUCCCCCCAGCGCCCCUCGAGGACCCGGCACGGUUCCCGGGCGGCCCAGCCUGCCGGCCCCCCCUCCACCGCCUCCUGCUUCCGGCAAACCCUCCCUCACCUUCCCCCCUCCUCCCGCUGUGCCCCCCCCAGCAGAGCGCCCUCCCAAGGGGGUGCCCCCCAGCGCGGCCCCUCCUCAGCCUGACAAACUCACUAAGCCGCAGGCAGGUGCUCCACAUGCACCACCCCCUCCUCCUCCUCCCCCCCCUCCCCUGCCCUUUGUGCCCCCCUGCGGCUUUCCAAGCAGGACAACCGAUGUCUCGGCUGCUGCUCCCACCCCAGCUGAAGGCAGGGAUUGUCUGCCCCCCACCCCGCCUCCCCCUCCGCCCCACGCGCACCCCCUUACCCCCAACAGGCUCUCCUUCCCGCCCUCCCCAGCCUUCAACAGCGCUCCGGGCAGCGCUGACGUGCCCCCGCCGCUGCCCCCCAAGUCUCCCAACCUGCUGUCCCAGCUCCACAAGCCAAGCAGCAUCCAGUCCUUGCCGCUCCCGCCCACCCCCAGCCUCCAUCAGCCCGUAGCACCACCCGAGACCAGGAAGAAGAGGCCCGGCCGAGGCGCAGGAACUGGUGCUGGGAAGCUAGCCACACCUCCACAGCCACCAGCAAGGUCACCUACAACUGAGCUUACCAGCAAGCCUGGAGUCUCAGCCUGGGCUGCAGCUCAUGACCCCUACCCACCACUUAAAAAUGGAAACAUGCACAUCAUCGAUGACUUUGAAUCUAAGUUUACUUUCCAUUCUGUGGAAGAUUUUCCCCCACCUGACGAAUUCAAGCCAUUUCAGAAAAUCUAUCCCAGCAAGAUAGCUAGAGAUCCCUCCAAAAAUCCUCCAUUAAGAACACACGUUAGAUGAGAAGAGUCUUUUGAUGCUCUCUGGAUUAGUAUUCAAAAAAGAACAUCAAGAUAAUAUCUGAAACAGAGGGGUUCCCACUACAGUGAUAAGGAUUGUAUUUGAAUUGCAAGUGCUGCACUGUUAACAUUCUAUAGACUGGAACAGCAAUGUAUAUGAUGCUUUUUGAACUGGACUACAGCCUACAGGAGUGUUAGUACUGGCUUUUAAAUUACUGUAUAUAGGUGGAUAUUUUUUAAGCAAAGCAGCAUAAAAUUGAAAUUCUUUGUAGUGUUGAAACAAUUCUCAAUCAUGCUGACAUGUUACCUCAGGAUACUUUUUUGCAUUACAUGCCUGGAGUUAAUUUUUCCCCUUCCAUCAUAAUUUUAAAGUAUCUUGGAAAUUCUCCAGUUAUUAUUCAGCCACUUUUCAAUGAACUGCCAGAAACUAACGUGCUACCUUUAAUCUCUGUAUGGUCCUUUAUUUCUUCCAUUCUGCCUACCCUCAGAUUGCAGCAGAAUGUCACUUUCAUGAACAGAUGGGCCCAUAAUCCUCUUCUCAUCAAGCAUGAAGAGGACAGAGAUGACCAGGAGCUGUGGCUGCUGUUGAGCCUACCUCCUAUUGAGUACAGAUCCUUAUAGGAUAAUGUCUGAAGAAGCCCAGCUGGGUAGGGUGGUCAUGAACUUGACUUGAGAAGGAAGAUGGAACUUUUCCAAACUGGAAGAAAAGAGAAGUUGUUCUACUGUAAGCAAAAAAUAAAAAACCCAAUGGUGUGUGUGAAUACACAUGCCAUGAAGUAUGUAUGUAAGGGCAAGUGUCCUGUAUUUUCCAGCUGGCCAAGUGGUUAUUUACCAUUUUGUGUGAGGGAUUGUCUUUACCCAGCAAUUAGGAGGCCUUUGGAUGAGUGGUCCAAAGCCUACAUUUUAAACAGGCAACUAGAGCUACUAUUGUUCACACAAGGCAGUGAGGAUUCAUUGUCCAAAAUACACCAUGUGGAGCAAGCACUCCCCAAGAACAGAGUUGGCUGAAAAAAGGUAACAACCUAGUGCAAAAACAUGAGCUUCUGCUUUUCAUAUGCAGCCUGGGGUAAGGUCUUUGGAUCACAGAUGUUCAGGUCUGGUCAAAAGAGAUCUAUUCCCAGCACAAAUUACUGUUGUGCAUUUCACUGCCUUAGGAGGAGUGCUGCCAGCAGCUUAAAGGCAGUGAUCCUUACCCUUCACUCAGCACUGGUGAGACCACAUCUGAACUUCUGUGUUCAGUUCUGGGCUCCUCAGUACAAGAGAUAUGGACAUGCUGGAGAAAGUCCUACAAAGGGCACUAAGGUGAUGCAGGGAUUGGAGCAUCUCUCCUAUGAGGAAAGGCUGAGAGAGCUGGGACUGUUUAACCUGGAGAAGGCUCAGGAGAAUCUCAUCAAAGUGCAUAAAUACCUGAAGGGAAAGUAUAAAGGUGAAUCCAGGCUAUUUUCAGUGGUGCCAAGUGGCAGGACCAGAGGCAAUGGGCACAAAAUUGAAACACAGGAGGCUCUGCCUGAACAUCGGGAAACACUUUGUGAUCGUGAGGGUGACUGAGCACUGG